AUGUUCAAGGCUUCGAGGGCUCUGGCCAUGCAGCCUACCCGCAUGCUGUUCAUGCGCCGCUCCCCGCAGCUGUUGAUGCGUCAGUCGCCGCAGAUGUGGAUGCGCCAGACGGUGCGGAUGAUGAGGCCUGUGCCUAAAGAGGAGCAAACCGCUCAUACCAUUUCCCAGCGUCUGCGCACGCUGAAGAGGAUCCCUGCUGAAAUUUAUCCCCUCCUAUUCGUCCUCGCCGCUGCCGUGUGCUUCGCCAUCUUCUCCCUGGUCCGGAAACUCAUGGUGGAUAAGACGCUCCGUCUUAAGAGGCAGGGUGGCAACGAGUAA